AUUUAUUCCCUGGCCUGGUCAAAGACUCAUCUUCAAGGUCCAACCAAGUUGUGGGGAUUUCUCCCGACAUUCAGAAGCAUUCUCUUCUUCGCGGCUGGGAAUAGCCUCUUUGGGGGAGAAAGGGUGUGGUGACAAGUAAGUCUCAAUCAAGUUAUUCUAUUCAAUGCUAACCAGAAUUGAUUUCAGACCAAAAACGAAAAGGAAAAGGACGACGGGUAAAUGCGAUCCAUGGAGCGGGCCAACCUCACGGUUCUGGAGGAAAAGGGAGAGAGAAGCUUCAAACUCUGGGGAAUGACGGCGGAAGAUUAAUUAAAAAAGAAGAAGAACAAGAAGAAGAAGAAGAGCCUUGGAGGGUUUCGGGACGCUAGAGGUUGAAUAGCCUCAGCUAACCCAGCCGGCGCAGAUCGCAUGGCCCAAUGAGAACAGCGCGAAUUAUAAUCAAGGGCCUUUGGUUCUUGGUUCCUGGGUAUCUUAUCAGAAAUUCCGGCCGCGCGAGUUUGGAAGCUUCGCGCAGGCAUUUAUUUAUGGGCGGAUUGGUUCCAUCAAAGCAGAUAUAACUUAGGUAGAUAGGUAGAAUAUAAUUUAUUGAAGGUCAUAGCUGAAAAGGAUAGUUACCCGUAUAUUGGUCGCCGUAUCAAGCCCCCCACAGCUCGUUUGGCCCGGUAACAGGCCGUGUCAACUCCUUUUUUUUUUUUAUCUCCAAGCAAGAGAGCAUGGAAUGUAAUCGGUGUAUCUGAGCCACGGCCAAAAAAAAAUAAAGAUCUCAGCUCCCAAACCAUCUCUUUUCCUCCUCCUCCUCCUCCUCCUCUUCUUCUUCUCCUUCUUCCACCUUCGUCAGCCCCCCACUCACUCUCUUGUAUUCUUCGUGCCAGCUAGCUCGCGAUAUCCCUCCUUGCUGGUGGCUCACCCUUCUCUCUCCUCUCUCCCUCUCGUCGAUCUUGCCACUUCUCCUCCCCUGACAAAUCUCAACAAAGACCAAAACUGCCCCGUAAAAUCUCUUCGACAGGAACCUCACCGGAAAAAGCAGCUAGCUAUAUGAGAUCGUUAUCUCCGAGCCGUUCCUUUGUUCUGCGAUCAGCUCCAAGUUCGGUGUGUGGCGGAGUCUCUUUGUAUAAUCUAAUCUGAUCUUUGAUCAGUCUGCUCUGGACUUGGAUUGUGAGGAACAACAUCUGCUGUGCUGUCCCCAGUCAUCGAGAAGCUGCAGACCGUUGUGGACAGCCAUCCUGCAAACUUACAGCACAGAUAUUAUUGGCAUAGCUAUAUAUCUCGUUUCCCUGUGUCGACAUCGCUCCUCUGUCUCUAUCCUCCUCAGCGCCACGAACCGACUCCUUUGUCUCGUCUUGGUGCCCCUGCCCAAGACGCUCCUCGUUUCCCGGCAUCUCGAGAAGUACUCAAUUAGACCGUCUCAAUUUUGCCUUUCUCCUCGAAACUCGUUUAUCUGACUACGAAGUCGUACUUCCGAAGAAACACGGACCGUGUACAGUAACUGUUACCCACAGGAAUGACGGCGCUUUUGGCUUGCAGGCCGCAUACAGAGGAUACGAGAUCUCCUACUACCAAAAGCGCAGAUAUUCCCAUGCGACAGCCGUCCGCAGAGGAUUUGGAUGCGGCACAUCAGUUGGUAUCCUCAGCACGAGGUGGACGAGAUAAUACCAUAAACUUCCAUUCAGACAGGCAAGAAACAGCGGGCAGUGCGUUAGAUAACAUCCAAGAGGAUGCGGCUGGGAAGAUGGAUUCACAGUUACAAAAUGGACACCAAGCUCCUGUCGAACAGCGCCAGGAUCAGGCACCAGCGGAAUCUGGAGUCAAUCCAAUAGAUCGUCCAGUGCCGUCAAAGCAAUCCCCUAAACCGCAAAGUAAAGAGCCAGUUUUCACGGGGCAUUCAUGCAGUAACUGCGGUACGAAACGAACGCCAUUAUGGCGAAGGUCUCCGACUGGUGCUACGAUUUGUAACGCCUGCGGUUUGUAUCUCAAGGCGCGGAAUACUGAUCGCCCAACCCAUCGUUCCCGCUCUUUGCUUAACCCGUAUGGCUCUAAUCCUGCGCAAAACGCCGACAAGUCGCGGAGUAGCACGUCCCCCACAAACGACGGAAACGAUCCCCGGCAGGCAGAUGCGUGGUCGAACUAUGCCGUCAAAGAAUGUACUCCUUCAGGAUCAUGCCCAGGUGGAGGAAGUUGCAAUGGCACUGGCGGGGCAGAAGGGUGCGAUGGAUGUCCUGCUUACAACAACCGUGUUUACAAAUCAGCUACUCGAAGCGCUAUGGCAUUUCAUAUUCCGAGGACUUCGCCCCAGUCAAACCAAGGCGGUGGCAGUACGGAUGGUGAAGCUGGUUCGUCGAAUCCCGAGGGGAUGACUCUGCAUAUUGCUUGCCAGAAUUGUCAAACUACAGUAACUCCGCUAUGGAGGCGCGACGAGAAUGGCCAUCCUAUUUGCAAUGCUUGUGGGCUCUAUCAUAAACUCCAUGGAUCCUAUAGACCACCAACCAUGAAAAAAUCAAUUAUCAAGAGAAGAAAACGUGUGGUUCCCGCCAUGCGCGAGCAUUCACCCACUGGUGCGACUCAAUCCUCGAAUGGCUCUGCAUCUCCUGAAGCAUCUCCCGCUACCCUUGCACACGGGCGUGAUAGCCAUCGUCAGUACCAAAACGUUGAACACGGCAACAGGCAUCCGUCACCCCAUGCCAGACCUUUAUAUCCACCUGCGUUUCAUGCCCCGCCCCCAGCCGACUUCACAGGAUAUACCUCAAAUCCCGUCUCCCUACCUCAUCAUCCUCCCCCCACUCCUCAGCAACUACGACCCUACGACAACAACGAUGCCAUAAACCCCGCUCGCCCAUCUAUGCCCGCACUACCCAAUCCGAAGAAACGCCCCAUCUCUGAAUCAUUCUUGGAAGACUCCCAACAGCAACAACAGCAACAACAACAACCCAACCAAACCCCCACUCACCUCCCCCCAAUAAACCCACAUGGCGCCCCUUCCUCCACCUCCGCAGCCAAUAACCCAGUCCGUUUCAACUCCAUCUCCUCACUCCUAAAUCACCCAGACGAAGCAGCGGCGGCCGCGGCGGCAGCAAGCCACGAUCACGAUCGUGACGAUAGCCGCCUGGACCCCGCUCUGUCAGCAGCUGUCACCUCUCGACCACAACAGCAAGAUCAUCACCAACAACAAAAACAACAACAGCCCGCCAUUCCCCGCUCCCCUUCCCGCUUCAGCCCUUCUUUAUCACCAGGAUUGCCACCUGCUACUGCUACCGCUUCCACUGGCGCUGCACCUGUUAGUGGUGCGGGUGCAAUGGACCUAGGGGACGAGAAAGCAGAGAGGCGGGCGCAGUUGCAGCGUGAGGCGGAAGAUAUGCGGGAGGCAUUGAAAGCGAAGGAGCGGGAGUUGGCGGCGUUGGGAGGAGAAUAGAGAGGUGCGGGUGGGUUGGAGAUAUCUCGUGUUUUUGUUAGGUGUAUCUACUAUUUGGUGGAGGCCGAUGAAUCGUCGCUGGUGUUGUUGUUGCGUGGAGAGAUUUCUGUGUUCUCUUUCUAUUCCUUUACCUCAUCUCUAUUCCUCUUAUGUUUUCCGUUUCCCCUCUCUAUUUUACGCCUUUUCUCCAUUUAGUAUGGUGUUAUUGUAUUUUGCUUCACGUUUUAUUUUCACCCUCAAGGGUGUUGGGCAGGUAUGGAAAGGAUGGGUUUAAUUGUCUAUAUUAAUGUUUAUACCGGCUACCUACAUGCGCAAGCUACAUGAAUUUUAAUUACGUGGAUUUUCUGAAGGCGGAGAGGAAAGGGAUAGGACUUUUUCAAUGGCUCAAACGCGAGUUCUUCCUUCUUUUAUUCUCUCUCUUUUGUCGUUUUCCUUGCUCGCUUUUCUUAACUUAUCGAAUUUUUUCUCCGUCUUUUUAUAAUUACCUCAAUUUUUUAUUUCCUCCUUUUUCUGAAGCUUUUAAUCUCCUUCAUUUCUAUAGUAGCCAUCCCCAUUUUCAUUGCUUGAUUGAAACUACAGAAAGAAAAGGCUCAAGAUGGAAAAGAAAAAAAAAUGAGACCGAAACAAAAAAAAAGUUGCCAUGUCGUUAGCCUUCAUUCUUCCCCCGCUUCACUUAUACGCUUCACUUCUUGGAUUUACGAAAUGUCGUGAUGAAAUGGAGAGGUGGCUUUCGAUUUGAUAGGAACAAUUGCUCUAUCUAUCAUCUUUCCCCCCUCCCCUCCCCACUAGCCAACGCCAACGCUAUCUAUGUUAUCCAGUAGCAGUACAUGUAUUCACAAGCAUAUACACGUAUAUAUGAGUGAACUUUUCACUCCGACCUCAUCAGGGAAGCCCGGAAUGCAGGUACCUCAAAACAAGCUGCUCUCCCACUGUCUUCAAUUCUUCUCUACACAGCAGCACCAGAGAGAGAGAGAGAGAGAGUAUUGGGCAAUCUCGAGAACUUGGAUUCACGCUCCAUACGAUAGAGAGCUCAAGGGGUUGGUUACAGGUAGAAGAAGAAUCAUGGAUGCCAAAUCCUAAAUGGACUAUUUAGUUAACCCAGGGCUAGCAUGUUAGAACAUAAUAUCAGAAGUAUGGAGAACACUGGCUACAAUAAAAUAGCGCUGUAUCGGCGCGUAGUUGUCGCACUGAAGAAAUUCAAAGGGCUGAGGAUGUUCUUGGGAGGGGAGUC